UACACUUCUUCCUCACCGCCCUCACUUCCCUCAUCCCCAUCUCUUUCACCACCUCUGUCCUUCCCUCCCUCUCCACCACCUCCUCCACCCCCACAUCCCUCACCAACCUUUUAAACCUCCAUCCACUCCAUCAUCAAGUAUAUAUAAACACCUCCCCCUUCUUCUCAUCUUUCUCAUCGAGAAACCAUCAAAGUCUCUGUGAAACCCUAAAAUGCUCUUUGCAUUCAUUCUUUAUCAUGAAUGGCUAACAUGCAGAUGGCCGUGGUUGAGACCUUCGAGUUCCAAGCCGAGAUCAACCAGCUCCUCAGCCUCAUUAUCAACACAUUUUACUCCAACAAGGAGAUCUUCUUGCGAGAGCUCAUCAGAAUUCAUCGGAUAUAUGCUUUGGACAAGAUUCGGUAUGAGAGUUUGACAGAUAAGAGCAAGCUUGAUCCGCAUCUGGAGUUGUUCAUUAGGCUUGUGCCGGAUAAGGUUAACAAGACGAUGUCCAUCAUUGAUAGGGGCAUUGGCAUGACUAAGGCUGAUGUGUGCUAUGUUCAUCUGAUUAUCUUGGUGCUCCAUUAUUUAUCUAUUUUAAUUCAUAUGGACAAGGCUCCCUCCUUACAUAAUUCCAUGAAUAAGAGGUCAGGCUCUUGUAACUUUGUUACUCUUGCAAUUUUCCUCUCUAUGGCUUUCUUUGUUGGGAGCCCUUUUCUUGUUAGUGACUACAAAUAAAUAGAGAUGGGCACGGCCUGUCCGGUAACCCGGCCCGACCCGUGCCCGACCCGAAACCGGCCCGCCAGGUCACUGACCCCGCGGGCCUGUUCAUUGACCCGUAACCGGCUCGUACUGUAGACGGGACGGUUACGGGUUGGGCUUCUUCCAACCCGUGGCCCGCCGGGCCAGACCCAUAUUAGAACCGGGUUGCAACCUGGUUCCCAACCCGUCGAGUUGACCCGGCGGGUUGGGAGCCCGUUGAAGCCCAACGGCUAUGAUUUUUUCAAAAAUUAUAGCCAUUGGCCAUUAUUUAAUUUUUUAAAAAAAAAUUUUCA